CCUGUUUAGUCAUGGCCUUUGCUGGGAAAAGACAAAAAAUCAACAACAAGGACAACAGAUUGUCCAAACGAAAGAAACACACUAUACAGUACUUUCAAUGUAAUAAUUUCUCUAUACUGUACAUCUUACAUUAACAUUCAUGUGCAUGUGUGUCCGUGGUAGUUUGCAACCUCAUAAACGAUUGAAGCACCAUUCCAUUGGGUGUGGUUGGUGUGGAGUGUUUGUAACCGCAGCAAUGUUUAUUGCAGAAAAGAUAAUGAAGAUCAUACUGACUGUUCUUUUGUGUUUCAUUUAUCAUGCUGGAGUUGAAGGAAAAGUUACUAUUACGUCACUUGGUUGUGAGUCAGCAAAUGGUCUCUCAUCCCAUUUAACUGUAGGAAGGGAAUACACUAUGUAUUGUUCAAUAACUAGUCCUAACAAUCGACCUGUUAUUGUUUGGAUGAUUGCACCUAAUUCUUCUAUUACAGUUAUUAGAAACACUGUAGCUUCUGUUGACAGUUUUACUGCUAGACUUGUCAAAUCAGAUGGGAAUUCAAUCAUAGCAAGCCUAACAUUUACUGCCACUGCCUCUCUUGAUCAGAAGAUAAUAGCCUGCCAGGAUAGUCCUAUUGGAGUCUCAUUGAUCAGAGAUGAAUGCCGUUUACAAAUAGGAAACUUUGGAUUUACUUUAAAAUCAACUAGAUCUAGAUCUACCACAUCAAAUAGAGCUGGCCCUAAUCACACUCUACCAGUCACAUCAAUUGGAGCUAAAUCUACUUCAACUGUACUAACCACAUCAACUAGAGCUAGAUCUACUUCAACUGUAUUAACCACAUCAACUAGAGCUGGAUCUACUUCAACUGUAUUGGUCAUAUCAACUAGAGCUGGAUCUACUUCAAAUGUACCUGUUACAUCAACUAGAGCUUCAACUGCUUCAUUUCAACCUAGACCUACUUUGGCUACAACAACCUUAUCUAGAGUCUGGUCUACAGUUAGUUCAACUUCAAAAACAACUUCAUUAACACCAGUUACUACAAAUACUGUUUCACCAACAUCCGGUAAAAGAAUUGUCAACGUUAUCGUAAUUCCCGUGGUAGCUGUUACUGUUGUCAUUGCAAUAAUCACUGGUAUUUGUCUCCUGUCAAUAUGUGUCUGUAAAAAGAGGCUAUUUAGAAAAUAUGGUAAUUCACAUGAUCACAGUAACCCUGCUUCUCAUAUUCAAUCAACUAAUGAAGACUUCAGUGUUCCACCUCCUCCAGUAUAUGAUAUCAUAACAAUGGAGCCUAAAAUGCCCUCUCAAUCACCAGAUCUUCAAAGUGAAGCAGCUCAGUCUACUACCUUGAUGACAUUAAAUAAUAUUAUUUAUGGUGUUAACUAAUAAUACAGACAACUGCCUACUAGAGGCAUAAUAGGACUUUUCUAGCUAUAGUAAUUAGAUUAUAUAUCUUAUAUAUGUAGUUGAUAUGUUUGUUGCUUUUUACCAUA